AUGGCAAGUGCCGAGCUUCCAGACAUCGAUGACAAGAAGGCUGGAAGCCUCUACUCCAAGACGGAUCUGCUGAAGGCCGCCAAUGAGUUCUUCAACGAUGCGCUACCACGCAUAGGGUUCCAAGAGGACCAUUUUUGGACCAACAUUCGGAUAAUGCUUUGCGUCGCUUGCUGCGCCUUCGGGUGUUAUGCGCAAUUCGUGCUGAAAUUUCCAAAGGACAGAUUGAUGAUCGGUGUCUGCGUUGCUGGCUACUUUUUCUUCACUGGCCUCGUGACGCUGAUAGACAUGCUUGUCAUCAAGACAUCAGUCAUUUGCAUAAAGGUCAGUGGUCAGACAGUCUUUGUUGACGUGACCAUGCAGCCGUUCUCGCACGAGAUGACAAUUGGUUUGAGGAAUCAUAUUGGCUUGAAAAAGGACACGCCGAUUUCGCACAAGACCUCGGUCGGGGAAUACUUCGAUAGCGACGGCUACUUGGGCCAAGAGGAGAUCCUCGCCGCCUUCAUGAAGCUGGUCAAGCGCUUUGAAAAAGAGCACGACGGCAAAGAGGCUGAGAAGAAAAAGGACAAGUGA